AUGCAUGUGAUUACAUUAAAAGAAAAAUUCAGAUGGGCUGCUGAAAAUGUAAAAAAUUUAAAGGAAAAACCUAAUGAAGAUGAAUUAUUAGAAAUAUAUGCACUGUAUAAACAAGCUGAAUUUGGUGAUUGUAAUAAUCCCCAACCAAAUUUUUUGGAUUUUAUCGGAAUUGCAAAAUGGCUUUCAUGGAAUUCUAAAAAAGGUUUACCAUCUGAAAAUGCCAUGGAAGAAUAUAUAAAACAUACAGAAGCAAUUGUUAAAAAAUACGGUUUAAAAGAAUAG